AUGGCGCCCGUCUAUGAAUCAUCCGUCCCAACAAUUGCGGGCUCAACACCGCCGCGCGUUAAGACCCGGAAGUCAAAGCAUGCUCUGGCUGUGGCUGAGUCGCGGGCCAGCAACAGUGAUUGGCAGAACAACCGGGACGACGGCCCUCGGAAGAAGCGAAAGAGCGCGACGAUCGACGAUCGCUGGCGAGCUUCGAUUGUGUCAGCUAUGGCGGUGCCCAUUGAUCUCGGGACUCCCGACGCCAAGGGGCUCGGUUGGAUCGGCCCCGUUCGUAGGGCAGGGGCCUGGGCCAUUCUGCACUGCCCGUGGAAAAAUACCGGUCACCUGCCCGUGGAAGUACCUGCAGCGACUGGCGCUGGCAGUAGCCGGCUGGGCGGCCGGACGUGGCCGUCAGCGAGCGCAGUGCUUGGGGACACGCAGUACAUGCCAAGCGCCACGGGCUUACCCGCCGCGAUUUGCCUCCUGGCGCCCAUCAUGCUCACCCACAACCACUAUUCACAUCCUCUCUCUUCGUCGUCGUCGCCCUAUCCUCCAUCCCAGCCCUUCCGCCACCGCAACCUUUGCGCGUCAGACUCCAUUGUGGCUGAUUCACCUCAGCAGCACUCGUUUGCUCCCUACCACCACCACAGCUCCGACCUGUCGCCCGCCACGCAGCACGCCCUGUACUCGCCCUCCUCCUCGUCGCAGCCCUUCUCUGCAGCCCCUCUCACUCCUGCGCUGUCGCAGCACUCGCAGCUGCGAUACCUUUCGACGCCACCGCCCUCCUCGGUCGCUGCUUCUCCAACCUACUCCUCGCCGGCCUUCUCCACGCAGAACUCGCCGUCCACGGACUUUGACUCGUCCUUUUGGCCCGAUUCUGCCUGCUUUUCUAUGCAAGACAGCAACUACUCGUCUGCGGGAGUGUCGCACACGCCACCGGCCAAGCUCUUUCAGCCAGCCCUCUUUGGGGACGAGGGCUUCGAUCACCAGGACAUCGCGGAUGCGUCCAUGCUCUUGCAGAACGGACUGCCUCUGGACACAAACGAGUUCAAUAACCUGCUGAGUCCUGCGAAACUGAGCCCAAACACCCAACGCCUCCAGCCGCAGUUUUACGCCGGCAUCAACCAUAAGAGGGCCUCCUCCGGAUCGUCGAUCGUGUCGCUGCCAUCAACCUCUGCCGUGCCUGCCCUGGAGUCGUCAUUCUCGUCAGUCUCGUCCCCCGCGAACACAACCUACCAAGGCGGCUACUCAAUAUCGAGUCCUUCGAGGCCUCUGCCCACGCCGCAGCGCACUCCUGUCCAGAACUCCUUCCUUGCGCCUCCGUCACAGUACGACGCCCGUGCCGGAAAUGUCAAUGCCACGGAGGCUGAUAUGGCAAUGAGAAGAGCGCUCCUUGAACAGCAAGGGAAUGCACAACAAGAGCAGCAGCAGCAGUUCUAUAGACCACAGCCGCAGCAACAAGCCGACGACGAGAUCGCCUAUCCAUACUCUUUAGCUCAAUCAGCGUCAACCGUGAGCCAGAAUUCUCCGGCGACCCCACAAACGAGCUAUCAAGACGACUUUGACGAAAGCUCCAAGGCGCUAUCACAUGGUGAGACCUCUGCAACCGAGAUCGAUCGCUGGAUACAUGAAUGCUUACACGCUGAUGUUUUUGCAGACCUUGGACCCCAAUUAAAUAACCAGGUUGGCAUGUCAAACUUGGAUCGGACCCUGACGGACGCCCUGCAAGACGAGCUCUAUAAUCCAGCCAUGACAACAGCGCCCCAGGAGAGAAGACCACCGCAAGCGCGGGUCUCCAAGCCCUACUCUCCAUAUCUCAAUGUCAUGGCAGAUCGUCUUCAUGCUGCCACCCAAAGCCAUAUGUCCGCACGCUCGCAGUCACCAACCUCGAUCGCUCGACAGCGCUCUCCUUUCCGUCACGGCUCGCCUUAUGCUCAGAUUCCUACUGCUUACUCCUCAGCGCAUCUACAGCAGCCACCUCCGUCUACUGGUUUGAGAGGGAUGGAACUGAUGGGUGCUGACUCGGAGGAACAGGAGGAGACCAAGACGAUAUCGCCCAAGGACGCCUUGCUGGACUACCACGAGUCGGACGAGAGCAAUAUCCCGCUGUUCCCAUCGCAACCUGACCCCCAGUAUAACCUCCCUCCUACCUCUUCUACGUUUCAAAUUCCGGCCUUCCCUCCGCUCAGCCAAUUUCCAAAUCAAUUUGGUCAAAACGGGAGUCAAAACGGGUCUCAAUUCUACCUGCCGCAGCCACAACAACAUCCGCAAAUGCCACAGGUACCCCAACAAGGAGUCGUACAAGCCCCUCGGCCUCAUCAGCCAGCGGAUCGCACCCUGGCUCACCAUACGCCCGAUUUCCCGAUCCCGAUGCCCUCCAUGGAGUCUACGAAUAGCGAGCGGAAUUCUGGAGUUGCACCGACUCCGACACAUCAGCAGCCAUCGUCGCCAAUCAAACGGCCUUUGGAUACGUCUUCUGAUACGGGGACCUAUAGCUGUACCUAUCACGGAUGCACCCAGCGCUUCGAGACUCCGGCGAGGCUCCAGAAGCACAAACGGGAAGCUCAUCGCCAGACGACUCCCGGCAGCCAUGGACUGUCGCGGGACAACCCGUCUUUUGCGAUGCGCAAUUCCCAGGCUGGCCCUCACAAAUGCGAGCGGAUCAACCCAUCCACAGGAAAGCCAUGCAAUUCCAUAUUUUCACGACCCUACGAUCUUACUCGUCAUGAAGAUACGAUUCACAAUGCGCGGAAACAAAAGGUACGAUGUCAACUGUGCACCGAGGAUAAGACCUUUUCACGCAACGACGCUCUUACGCGACAUAUGCGGGUGGUGCAUCCUGACGUCAACUGGCCGGGCAAACAGAGACGGAGAGGCAGGGAGUGA